AUUCCAACACCUGUAACUUAAUUCCCGCGUCACUAAUCUAUCCGUUAAAUUCAUCCUAACGUUACAAUUUCUCUCUCUGCUCCUCAUCUCUUCUCUCCUCUGUAACUCCAUCAAUCAAACAAGAAGAAGAGAAAAGCGAGAAAGUUUAGGGCAAUUUUUUAAAAUCCCAAACUACCCCUGUAGAAAUGGGAAAACUCUUGUGUGAUUCUGCUUCUACGAUUACUGAAUCACCGGUUGCUCUUCCAUGGAGAGAACCACCACCACCGCCUGCAGAGGCCACUUCUUCGUCUUCUUCUUCAUUUGUAUCUUUAAAAGAUACUGCCGAAAAUACCCCUGUCGAUGAAGAAGAAGAGGCAGGAGAGAAAUAUAGUUGGUUUACUGUUAGCGGAUUAGAAGAACAACAGAAAAGGUAUUUACAGAAGCUUUACAAUAAAGGGGUUUUAUGGAAAUGCAAAAAUUUGGAAGAAUCAAUGGUAUUUAGAUUGUCACAUGGUGGAGAUGUGGAAGCAGAUGGGAAUUGUUUAUUUACAGCUUCAGUGAAAGCGAUGGGUCUGGAUUUGGAUAUGGAUUCUAGAGAGUUGAGGAGACGAACUGUGAAGAGAUUUUUGGAGGAUUUUGGAUCUGAUGGUAAUGGAUUAGACAGAGUGACGAUUGAUAGUGUAAUUAAACACUUGUAUUGUCCAGAUCUGAAAACUGGGUGGGGGAUUCAUGUUGUUCAAGAGAUUAAAUUGUUAGCUAGGAAAGAAGAUCGGUGCAGUUUGGAUCUUGCUAUUAAAGAACUUGUUGAUUUAGGCUUACAGAGGGAAGUUGCAGCAGAAUCGAUAUAUAAGGAAAGAUGUAUUGCAGUUGAAGAUGGACAGAAUUGGGCUAAAUACAUGUCAAUAUCAGGUUCUGCUGAAGAUGAGUAUGAUAUUAUCACUUUGCAAUAUACAGAAGAAGGAUUACUAAGUGUCGAUGAGAAUUUCGAUGGUCGUGCUGCUGCAUUUGGUGAUGAUAUUGCUAUUGAAAGUCUUGCAACUGAGUUUAAUAGAGAGAUUUUUGUUGUGCAAUCUCACGGGUCUGAUGCAAUGGUUGAUGAGGAUAAUUGUGUCUUCUUCCUGCCUCAUUGGCCUAGAAGCCAAGUUCGUGGUCCUCCAUUUUUUCUCUUUAUGAAGGGAACAGGUUGGUGUGGUGCUGGAGCAGAUCACUAUGAACCCUUGAUAGCUCAUACCAGUCCGCUUGUAUCCCCGGAGAAUGCUGCUGUUGUACUUUGAGGAUAAAUUAUCCUGCAAUUUUGUGCCGUAGAGGUUGAUUAGAGUUAGGGUUCUACUUUUCCCUGCAAUCUAGUUAUUGCGAUUCUUUUGUGUUUAUGGAGCAUUUCCAUUGCAUAUCAUCCAGUUUUUAGCAACAUAGCUUUUGUUUGUGUUUACUCUAACUUGCAGGUCGAUGUGCCUGCACUUAAGAACCCCCCCUGUUGUCUUGCCCCCUUUUGGUUGAAUUCCAUGAGAGUUUAUUGAGUUAUAGAGCUCAUUUUUGUCCUUGUACUUUAUGGUUGGAACAUUUUGAAUGCUACCCAUAUUUUGUAUCUUCGGCAAUUUUUCAUUCUAUAUGAAAUGGUAGAAGUGAUUUUUUGGCUAA